AUGUCUUCUUCUGAAAACAGCAACGAUAAAGUGGUCGUCGGCAUCGAUCGACUUUCCGACGGCCCGAUGCACACGCAAGAUCCGUUCCUCUUUUGCGUCUACCACAAAGACCAGUAUCCAGCCGGGAACGGUAAAAUGGAAGCGCCGCGACGAGGCAACGGUGCGGAUUUCAACCCGAACGCACCGUACCGAAUGUAUCACGGGGAAAAAGUGCCGGGGUUCCCACAACAUCCUCACCGAGGGUUUGAAACGAUUACCGCGACUUUAGAUGGCAUCAUCGACCACACGGAUUCGAUGGGCAACGCGGGGAGAUACGGCGAAGGCGAUUUGCAAUGGAUGACGGCAGGGAAAGGCGUCGUUCACGGGGAAAUGUUUCCGUUAAUUCACGAGGAUAAAGAAAACCCGACGAGGUUUUUUCAGAUUUGGUUGAACUUGCCGAGUAAGAGUAAGAUGACGGAACCGGCGUUCGUUAUGCACUGGGGGAGCGAGACGAAGAAGGUGAAAGACGAAGGCGGAGCGGACGUCAUCGUGUGGGUCGGCGAACACAAAGGCGAGAGGACGGCGAUGAAAUCGCCGCCAAACUCGUGGGCGGCGGAUCCAGAGAACGACGUCGGGGUGGUUUUUUACUCGUUGAAACCGGGAGGGAAGUGCGAAAUUGCGCCGGCCAAGGGAGGGAAAGCGACGAAUAGAUUUUUGUACUUCGUGGAGGGCGAAAACGGUAAACAAUUCGUGAGCGACGUGAACGUGCCGAAGAAGCACGGCGCGGAAAUUGUCGGUGAUAAAACCGCGGUCUUAGAAAAUAGAAGCGAGACGGAGACUAUGGACGUGUUGUUGCUCCAAGGGAAACCGAUCGGCGAACCGGUGGCGUCGCACGGGCCGUUCGUGAUGAACACGAGGCAGGAGAUUAUGCAGUGUUUCGAAGAUUAUCAACGCACCAGGUUUGGAGGAUGGCCGUGGGAGAAAGACGCCAUGGUGUUUCCGGCGGAUAAACCUAGAUUUUCGUUAUUAAACGGAGUUGAAGAAUUGGGCAAAUGA